AUGACCGUUAUUGGGAGUGGGAAGGCGCGGAGUUUGGAGGGUCAGGUGCGGGAAGUUAGGGAGGGGGCGCGAGGAGGCUGUGAAGGUGGAGAAGGACAUCUCUAUUUUGUUGUGUGUGAUCCUGGCUUUCCCACUGAGUUUCGUGAUGUAGUGCCAUUCUUCUGUCUCCCCGAACCCCUACACGCUGUUUCAACUCCAGUACUCAUCUAAAGAACUCUUGAGUGUCUCCAUUGAGCCCACGCACUUUUGUUUCGAAAUUUUGAAAAUGGAUCGAGAGAUGAUUGUGCGGCUGUGUGUUAAACUAGGGAUCGAAUCAAGGAAAGUGAUCCAGAAAGCAGAAGAGUAUUUGCGUCUGUCAGAGGUGAAGUGCACAGGAUUUUCUGCACAUGUGACAGCAACCAGCAGCACAAUAAUGUGUCUUGAUCUUGCAGCAACUUGCCUUAAAUAUCCACUGGACAAGGAUCGUGCUCUAAAACUGUCUGGCUUGACCAAGAGGGCUUACCAGGUUCAUUUGAAAGCAUUGGAAAGUAUCCUUGGAAUAUACUCUCAGCUAGGAAUCCGAGAUCUUGCAGUUCAGUUUGGCUGCACAGAGGCAGUGGAUGCAUCAGUCAAGAUUCUGAAGAGAUAUGAAAGUAGUCUGUCAGAAGCACAGCAAAGUGAUCUUGACUUCUCAAAACCACUCUUCACCACUGCAGCUUUAUUUACUGCAUGCAAAUGCUUGAAAAUUAAAAUUGAUAAGUCCAAACUCAUUGCCUCGUCGGGUGUGAAAAAGACCAUCUUUGACCGACUCUGCUCUCAGAUGGAAAUGUUUGGACAACUUAUUUGCAAUGAAUCUAUUGAACAACCAAAACACAAUAAGAGACAUAAGCCAUUGGAAGAAAAACUAGAAAAUGAGGAUGCAUAUGAAGACGUUGCAACAGAACCCAAACGAGAAAAGCUUGAAUCUAAAGCAACUCCGGAACAGGAAUAUGAAGACUGGAAAAGGCGGAUUCUUGAAAAUGCAACCAAAGUCAAGCAGAAUAGUUCUUAGUUCACCCUUUUGAAUUUUUCAAAUCUGCAAAAUUUGUUUGAAAUUUGUGGUGGCAGAAAUGAAAUCUAAUGUUCUGCCAAUUAAACUAUUGAUUCACUGUAAAAUCAGACCUUUGAUUUCUAUUGACUUUGUUUUUAACAACCUAACCUUUGAACUUUAACCUACACACUAUUUAUCCCUGACUAUAAAUAUGAAGCUUGAUUCUGGUUAUACAAAUCAUUGAAAUGCACAGCUUAAAUCAACUUUGCAACAACCGGUGCUUUCACGAUACUGUCCAGUCCACCACAGAAGACAUGAGGAAUAUGUGGCUACUGAAGAAACUGAAACUGAGCAGUAAAUCAAAGGACUUCCAACAAAUUUUUUUGACGAGUAAUUUAUUUUGGCAAUUUAAUUAACUUGCUGUAUAUCUUAGGAACUUAUCUUUUAAACUUAUUUUUGUGUUGAUUAUUUGAAGUACAAAUUCCUCUUUGGUCGAAACUUUUUAAAUGUAAGACUUUUGAGUUUUCUCCAGUAUUUUGAAAUCGCUUUCAGAGAACCAACAAAACUGGAUGCUGGGUCUUGUAAAAAUUAAAUUAAGUCUUUAAGGUGGAUUUUCCAUUUUUUCAAGCACAGAUAAUAUACUUUGCCCACUAAUCAUAGGUCACUAAAUCAUAAGCCUACAAUUCUGAGUGCUCAUGACAAGAUGGGCCUCUCCCAUUCAUGUAAUGCACCUUGUUUUAAUCCUACCAGUAAAGAGAAAACUAUUACUACUUAAA